AUGCCGCUCGACGUCAAGCCGCGCCUUCCCCGCAUGCCUGGGAAUCGUCCCAAGGCCACCCUUGUCGCUGCUGCCGCUGUCCCCGCUGCCGAAGGUGCCGAGGCCACUGAGGGAGCUGCUCCCGAGCCCUCGACCUCCCGUACCCGGCUCGACCUCGGUUCGCGCGCACCUGGCGAUGCAAUGGACGUCGACACCCCUGCUCCUGCUCCUGCCCCCACCGCCGCCGCCGAAUCCAAGCCCGCAGCUACACGAGCGGCUCCCGCGGGCCCCUCUUCAGCCCCCAUGGCCAUCUCGCGCUCCACCACCGCCGGCAGCGACCGAAGCGGUACUGCACCACCUCCGGCCGGCGGCGAAGCCGUGACCAAGAUGAAGUUCAAGCCCAAGAUGCCCAUCCGUCGCGCUGCUACGCAGAUGGACGUCGAGGUUAAGGCUGAGCCAUCAUCGUCAGCGUCGACUGCUGCUAUCCGUGGUCGUCCAUCGGCUCGCGCUCGCGGCGCCCGCGGCCGUGGCGGAGCGGCUGGCGCUCCUGGACGCAGCAACACCCAGCAGAGCUUCAACCAGACCGUCGCGGCUGGUCCCUUUGGUGGUAACCGUGCAACCUCCUCUCGCCGCGUCGUUGCGCCCCCUCCCCCACCGCGUACCGGCUACGGUGCCGACCCGUCGAGCAUCGAGGUGUACUCGGACAACGAGGACGGCGGCCAUGCCGGUGGUGUGAUUGAUAUCGAGGCUGUCUCGGGUCUGUCAGAAUCGGCCCCGACCUCGAUCUACCGUGACCGUGACCUGGACGGCGGCAAGGCCAAGGCCAAGGAGAUGGAGAAGGCCAAGCUCAAGGAUAUGAAGCGCAGGAAAAAGGCCGAGCGCGCUGCUCGCGCCGCUGCGCUGGCUGCUGCCGGUAACCGUGGUCAGUCGCUUGCCGAACUCAACAACGUCAACGUCAAGGCCGAGCCCAUCUCGCCGUCCCGCCCCACUGCGAUCCUUCCGGACCCGAACGCGGGUGUGCCCGCCCCGCUCGGCCGUGUAGGCGACUCGAUGAUCCCAGCCGACGAGCAGGACGACCGCGACGAGGCUGGCCGUCGUGUGCGCGCCGCCACGACCGGUACUGUCGGCACUACGGGCGACACUACCCCCGAGACGGAGGAGGUCAAUGCCGCGCACGCCGUCAACCUCUCGGAGAGUGAGAGUGAAGAGGAAGAGGAGGACAUGGAGGGUGAUUUCGUCUUUGUCGACGGCCUGGAUAACCCCGAGGACAAGCUCUUCACCUUCCAGUUCCCCUCGCAGUUGCCCAAGUUUGUGUCUCGCGCCCCCGUCGACGCCACUGCCGAUGGCGGUCCCGAGGAGGUCAAGCCUACCCCGGCCACCCUCCGCGGCCGCCGCAAGAGCGGCGCCGUCGCCCCGCCUCCCGAGGGCCGUAUCGGUACCCUGUGCGUCAUGAAGAGCGGCAAGGUCAAGCUCGUCAUGGGCGAGGGCAACGGCGGUAUCGUCAUGAACGUCACCCCCGGAGUCCCGACCACUUUCCUGCAGCAGCUCGUCCACAUGGACGCCAAGGCCAAGAGCACCACCGUCCUCGGCGAGAUCCACAAGGGCUACGUCGUCACGCCCGACAUUGACCGCCUGCUCGAGGAGCUCUUCAUCAACGGCGGCGAGACGCCCGGCGACCGCGAGCGCGCCCAGGCCGUCAUUGACAGGCGGGUCAAGAUGGAGCGCGGCCUGGUCAAGAUGGAGCCCAGCUCGCCAUGA